CAACAAGGAGGAAUCAUUCAUCUCAUCUUUUCAAGUUUAAUUCUCUCUCUCUCGAAUACGCAAAGAAGCAAUGGCUCGUACCAAGCAGACUGCAAGAAAGUCCACUGGAGGAAAGGCUCCAAGGAAGCAACUGGCUACCAAAGCUGCUCGCAAGAGUGCCCCAGCUACUGGUGGAGUGAAGAAGCCUCAUCGUUACAGGCCCGGAACUGUCGCUCUCCGUGAGAUUAGACGUUACCAGAAGUCUACCGAGCUCCUCAUCAGGAAACUACCCUUCCAGAGGCUUGUCCGUGAGAUUGCCCAAGAUUUCAAGACCGACCUGAGGUUCCAGAGCUCUGCUGUGGCUGCUCUUCAGGAAGCAUCUGAGGCUUACCUGGUUGGACUGUUUGAGGACACCAACCUGUGUGCCAUCCAUGCCAAGCGUGUCACCAUCAUGCCCAAGGAUAUCCAGCUGGCCAGGAGAAUCCGCGGCGAGAGGGCCUAGAUCUUCACCAUUUGAACUCUCAAACAAACGGCUUUUCUAAAAGCCACCA